AUGGCAGUUUCGACAUCAGUCCAGGAUCGGACUCCCGAGUUCCAGUCUAUCCUCGCACAGGCCCAGAAACGCCUUACUUCUUCAAAAGCUAGUGCACACCGGCAAACUUUACUAUCAAAUGCCCAGCGUAAAGAGGCAAGCGGAUCUCCAAACGGAACAGCGGCGGAGAAAAGAGUCGCCAGGUCGGAAUUCGCAAGAAGAGCAGCUGAGAUUGGAAGAGGAAUUACAGGGACGAUGGCAAAGCUGCAAAGGCUAGCUAUGUUGGCCAAGCGCAAAACCCUCUUCGAUGACCGACCAGUUGAAAUCUCGGAACUCACAUGCGUCAUCAAGCAAGAUCUUGCAUCUCUAAAUUCCCAAAUCGCUUCUCUACAGUCUCUCACACUCGCCCAACAUCCGAAAUCCUCGCGAAGUAAAACCGAUCAGGAAGGGGAGCAUAACGACAACGUUGUGGUUAUGCUCCAAGGCAAACUAGCCGACGUUGGGGCAAACUUCAAAGAAGUCCUCGAAGUCAGAACCCAAAACAUCCGUGCCUCACGAUCAAGAACAGAAAAUUUCGUCUCCUCUGUCUCUUCCAAGUCGCGGUCAGCACUAGAUCCCCAACGCUCAGAUUCCCCACUCUACAAUGCCCCAAGAACUCGAAGCCCACAACCGAGCGCCUUUCAAUCCAAUUCUUCUGACCUCCUGAGCCUCGAACCAUCGUCGUCUUCUACCCCCUUUAGUCAGGGAGGAAUAUCCUCAGACCGACAGAUGCUAAUGAUGGAAGAGGCACAGUCCUCCAACUCAUACAUCCAAGCACGGGGGGAAGCCAUAGAAGCCAUCGAGCGCACGAUUAACGAGCUAGGUGGGAUUUUCGGGCAGUUGGCGACGAUGGUUAGCGAGCAAUCGGACAUGAUCCAGCGGAUCGAUGCCAAUACGGAGGACGUGGUGGAUAACGUCCAAGGGGCACACAGGGAACUGUUGAAGUACUGGUCUCGCGUUUCAGGAAAUCGAUGGCUGGUGGCUAAAAUGUUUGGCGUUUUGAUGAUAUUCUUCCUUCUAUGGGUUCUAAUAUCGGGCUAG